UUUUAAAGAAUUAUUGAAGACAAAGUUUUUUUUUUAAUGGCUUUACAGAAUUUUAAAUCGAACACAAUUUGACAUGACGGCAAAAAAUGUUGGUUUGACUUCCACAAAUGCAGAACUAAGAGGAUUUAUAGAUCAGAAUCUCAGUCCAACAAAAGGUAACAUUUCAUUUGUUGCGUUUCCAGUUUCCAGCACCAACUCACCAACAAAGAUUUUACCAAAAACCUUAGGACCAAUAAAUGUGAAUGUUGGACCCCAAAUGAUUAUAAGCACACCGCAGAGACUAACCAGUUCAGGAAGCGUUCUGAUUGGGAGUCCAUAUACCCCUGCACCAGCAAUGGUCACUCAGACACACAUAGCGGAAGCUACUGGCUGGGUCCCAGGUGAUAGAAAACGAGCUAGAGAAUUUAUAGAUUCUGACUUUUCAGAAAGUAAACGAAGCAAAAAAGGAGAUAAAAAUGGAAAAGGCUUGAGACAUUUUUCUAUGAAAGUGUGUGAGAAAGUUCAGCGGAAAGGUACAACAUCAUAUAAUGAAGUGGCUGAUGAACUGGUAUCGGAGUUCACCAAUUCAAAUAACCAUUUGGCAGCUGAUUCGCAGGCCUAUGACCAGAAGAAUAUUAGGAGAAGAGUUUAUGAUGCUUUAAAUGUGCUAAUGGCAAUGAACAUAAUUUCAAAGGAAAAAAAAGAAAUAAAGUGGAUUGGCUUGCCUACCAAUUCUGCUCAGGAAUGUCAAAAUCUUGAGAUCGAGAAGCAGAGGCGGAUAGAACGGAUAAAACAGAAGCGGGCCCAGCUGCAAGAACUUCUCCUGCAGCAAAUCGCUUUCAAAAACCUGGUUCAGAGAAAUCGGCAAAAUGAACAGCAGAACCAGGGCCCUCCAGCCCUGAACUCCGCCAUUCAGCUGCCAUUUAUCAUCAUCAACACAAGCAGGAAGACAGUCAUAGAUUGCAGCAUCUCCAGUGACAAAUUUGAAUAUCUUUUUAAUUUUGACAACACCUUUGAGAUCCAUGAUGACAUAGAGGUACUGAAGCGGAUGGGAAUGUCCUUUGGCCUGGAGUCAGGCAAAUGCUCUCUGGAGGAUCUGAAACUUGCUAAGUCACUGGUGCCGAAGGCAUUGGAAGGUUAUAUCACAGAUAUCUCCACAGGACCUUCUUGGUUAAAUCAGGGACUACUUUUGAACUCUACCCAAUCAGUUUCAAAUUUAGACCUGACCACUGGUGCCACCUUGUCCCAAUCAAGUGUAAACCAAGGGUUGUGCUUGGAUGCUGAAGUGGCCUUAGCAACCGGGCAUUUCCUUGCCCCAAACAGUCACCAGUCCAGCAGUGCGGCCUCUCACUGCUCUGAGUCCCGAGGCGAGACCCCCUGUUCCUUCAACGACGACGACGAGGAAGAUGAGGAGGAGGAUUCCUCCUCCCCAGAAUAAAGCCAGGAGAAAACCCACGUUUUGCUAGUUGAUGCUCAUGUGUGUUUUUAGUGUGAGCUCUUGUUUUUGAGAUGAUUUCUUCAGUCUUUGCCUUUGUUUGCACUGUGUGUUCAGUGAAAACUAGGGAAACACAAUAAGCAGAUUCUGUGAAGGCUGAGAUGAUUGAGAUGAAAAAAGCUAACAUAGUGUGAAUGAGAACUUUAAACAACAGAGCAAUAGAUCACACCGCAGACAAAGGUUUUCUGAGGUGGUAGAGGGGACAGUCCCCAAGGAUUGGCAGCAUGAAUGAAGCUCAUUUAUCUUCCCCAAGGUGGGAUCUUUCUGUUCCCCCACACCCACAUCACCCUCCUUAGAAUCAGGAUCUCUGUCAUGAACAGUCCUUGACGUCGUGCGUGUUGUGUUUCUCCUCCUUGCCUGGGCUGCCUUUUACAAGCAGAAGUGAACGUGAGAGGGCCCCAGCGCAGGGAGCGGGCCAGCGCGGGGAGCAGAUGGCAGGCCUCGCGGGCUGAGGGGCCCAGGCUGCGCUGCGGGACUAGCUGAGAUCUGGUUGAUGUGCUUUACGCAUCAGCUGCCUUAGACGGCUUCUAGAAAGGAGCAAGCGCUACUUCCUAAGUACUUAAGUGACAUUUAGAAUAAUUUAUAGUAAAACUGAAAUGAUCAUUAGUAGCCAAUGCAUUGGUGCAUAGAAUUUUUUUUAGGGCUACUUCUGGAAGCCAAAAUAGAAAAGCAUUUCCACGUGCAUUAUUACUUUGCCAGCACUGCCUUUGCCAGCCUUCUAAAUCUGGAAGUUUUACAGAGAAGGAAAUUGUAUCUAUAGUUUUAAUCAAAGUUAAUGCAUUUCAUAUAGCUUUUUCAUUUAAAACAAAACAGACAAAUUCCCAUGACCGAAUUCCUUGCUUAUCCCCUGCAGUACUUGUUUGGUGUGCAAUUUGUGAACAUGAACCAAAUGUCAUUACUUUUGUCUUUAAAGUCUUUUUCAAGAAUAUGAACGUCAGUGUUUUCCUGUACAUGUCACCUUUUGUACAUUUUCAGUCACCAGAAUCACCUAAUCGGGUUUAUUCGUGGGUAAAUUGCAUUUCAGAUUAACCCAAUAAUUCAGCAUUUCACAGGAACACCGAAGAACGUUGAUCACUCCAAAUAAUUGGAUUCAUAGCAGUGCGGUCUACAGUUUGUUAAUUCAUAGCCAAAGAUGCCACUGGGCAUACUGCACUGGUGUGUUCACAGUCCCUGCCUCUCUGAAUAUUCAGGGGAGUGUGGUGACUUCUGCCAACAUGGCCUAGCCUCAAUUUAAUUUCACAUUAAGGCCUUGAGAAGAGCAAAUAAUCUUGGAAAAUAACUCUUCGACUCAACUCAUUUGGAUAUGCUCUGGAUUAUGCAUCUGACACCUUUGGGCCCAGCGCCAAGCUCCUCCCAAAUCAGUUCCUUUCUAACUCCAUUCAGGAAGCGCAGAUGCCUUCUGAUACCGUUUUAAAGUUCUGCCACUCUGCAUAGAGUGAGCCAGGGGCGAAAGAUUUGGCUGACCUAAAUUUUGUUAUUAAGGCCAUGAAAAUUAAGACACGAGGACAUACAGCUUUAACAGAAGUUUGUUGAGACAACAGUCAUUCUGUCAGAAAUAAGCCAUAGUGCAGACUCAGAGUGGCCAAGGGCACAGAGAGAUUGAGGCAGUUUUUAGAGAAUUGUGCUCAGCCUGAUUUCUGGGGCACGUCUUCGACUGGGUACACGGGAGGAUCCAAAAUCCUGCCGAGGCUGCAGCCCGUCCCCAAGGGCCUCCAAGACAGUUCCGACCUGAAGAUCAUCAGCUACACGGGCGGGUAAAACCAAGUUUCCUUCCAAACCGCUGCCUCCUUUACUGACCCCAGUGCUAACCCCCUUUACUACGUGCAUCCCUAUAACUUGAGGGGGCCCUGAGCAAAGGGCCACAGCUAGCCCUGUAGUCUUCAAAGUAUUGUAUACAGGUCCCAAGACCUGUACAGCAACACUUGUGAUAGGUACACUGAUCAUUCUUGCACCAAACAGCAAAGUCCUUGUUGGAGUUCUUGGGGUACCACCCCCUUCUCUAGUCUCUGCUGCAAUAGUGUUUUAAGCUGAUAAAAUACAGGGUUGUUUUUUUAAGCAACCAAAGACUUGUAAUGUUAUUAGUGCCCAUCACUGGCCAUCCCAGACGUAGGUGUGUGCUCUUUGUGGGACGUGGCCUCUGUCCCUCAGUGAUGUGUUUCAGUUACUGCUAAGGACAUCUGUUGGCAUCACACUGUGGUCACCAGUACAUGUUGUUGGUGCAAAGCCUUGCCUGAGCAGAAAAGGAGGUGACAUGUUUGGAAAGAUAAAUUGUUACUCUGUGUCUCCCCCAAACAGAUUUUUGAAAAGUUCAGCACUUAACCACAAGUCCAUGUAGAAAUCAAAGUAACAACAUGUUAGGAAAUGAUGGUCACACUCUCCAGGAUUCUCUAUAGGAGUAGCACUUGGAGUUGCACACUCACACACCUCCUGAAGGUGCUGGUCACACUCCACCCUUUGGGGAGCUUUUUUAAGAGGCCUUUUUCCCCCUCAAGGGUCAGUUCAGCUACUAACCCUUUCAAGUGCAUAGUAUCAUUCGGUCAGUAAAUUCCUGUUGCUUUUAGAACUUGAACAGGGGGCACCGGACCUGCCACAUUAGUCCCUUGUGUGGGAGGCAACACUGCCAGGGUCCACGGCAGUGCUGAAGGCACCCAGGCACCUGUCCCAGCUUCCCUUCUACCCACUGAGAAUUUGUCUCAUCUACUUACUCUUUUCAUGCGAUGACAAGGUGAUGAAAACAGCUUCAGUAAGUGCUGACAUGAAUCGUGCCUUAUGAUCUUGGAAGGCGUUGGGGAGGGGGCAGGAACAGGGGUGCUAACCCAGUGAUCCCUCACCUCAGUGAUGUGCACUGUCCCUGGAAAACGUCACAGAUCAUGUCCACAUGUUUCGUUUCCUUCCAUCUAAUGCUUUAUAGAAAUGGUGGGGAGAAAGUGUUAUGUACUUUCUGCCAUUUUACCAGGGUCAGAGAGGAUAACUCCAUUAACACAAUUUACAGUUGUAAUCAUAACCCUGCCAUACUUGAAAAGUACAGCCAGGCUCAGUCCUCAAAUGCAAAUGAGCCCCUAUCAGAAAAUUAAAGAGGCAUUAUUUCAUCAAGACGUGGCCACAUUAGCCAUCUAUCACUCGGCUAUUUGCUAAGCCAUGACUCUUUUUAGAAGAGCAGAGUUGCUCCAAGAACAGAUGUCACUUCAGCCCUGGGACAGUCAGAACAUGGUGGCAGCGUGUGUUCCUGGGGCGGGGGCGGGGAUACAAGGGAGGGGGCUGCCAGAGCGGUUUCUCUCAAAACCACACUCAGAGAAGCCUGGUUAUUAGUGAUUCACUUGAAGGGCCCUUUAAAUACCUUUCCAGCUCCCUGUCUCAGGCAUGUGGAAGAAGGGUCUCUACCCAACAGAUCUGUGAUGUAGACGUUAAGACUGUGCCUCCUCAGCAGGGAGUAUGGGGUGGGAGUUAGGACCGUGAAUGUCAAGAUUGAAUCCUCCAAUGGGUAUUUGAGUGACUGCAGAACAGAAAACAUCGAGAAUGAUUAGUGCUAAGAGAAAAUAUGAAGAGUACGGAGACAGUGGGGGAAAGCCUACUUUGCCUGGGGGUGGCCAGGGAAGCCCUCCCCCCAGAAAGUGACAUUUGUCCUGAGUCAGAUAGUUGAAAAGACUGACGUCUCUAUAUGUUCUUAACACACCACUCUGUCCCGUAACAUGCACUUGGUCACAAAGGUCACACCAUUCCUGUUUUAAGCAUACAUUUUGGAAUUUGUUAAGGAAUUUAAAAGAAAACCAAACUUAGCUACCAGCAGUAUCUGUAAACCAAGAGAAGAUUCUAACUCAUCUAGGACGAUCUCAUUACCUCCAUCACCUUGCAGUGGAACCUGUACCAUCAAAAAGCAAUCACGUCUCUUCUAGUUUUUCAAGUUGUUGAAUACAUAAAGAUUUACUUCUUAUAUUAGAUAGAUAAAAGAUAAUCUUGUACUCUGCAUGUGGAUUGGCUUUAGUGGAGCCACAGACUCCCUGAGGAUAUUUUCACAAAUAGGUUCCCCAUUUUCAUGACCCAAGGUGGUGAUCCCCAGGCACUGAUGAUCUUAAAUGUGUAUUAAUCGGAGACCCACAGGGUGUGCGUCAGGGGCCUGCACCAUGCUGUCUGACCCUCAGAAACGUGCCUCCCUGACCUCUAAAUCACAGUCGGUACAGUGGUCAGUUAGUUUAACUUCCAUUCAAGCCAUGCUAUUACUCAAAGGGAAAAGUCUGAUGUUUGCUUAAGAUCUUAACCUUUUUAAUAAAAAUUGAAACUAAAUGCCCACAUAAAUUAUAACCUUUCUCAGGAAUUAGCCCCUCUGAGGGAUCUCUGAAAAGUUACACUCACCCAGCCUUUGAGAUCCAGUAUCCCCACAGACAUCUACAUUCACUCCAUGCUAAAAAGGAAAAAUUGGGGACACAAAACUUUGACCCUUCCGUUAUGCCUGGGGGAUCUCUGACAAGUAUGGAAACUUAAGUGGCAGCAGAUGUCCAUUCGUGGUCGUACCAAGACAACAAAGUGUAUUCGUUUCCUGCGUGCAUUCUGUGCAGCUGUUCUCUCAGUCAAGGUGAAAUCUUGCAUUGUUCUUCAGCCUUUGCUUUACAUAGAGGGCUAUAGAAUUCAGUGCUGUUUUGACCUCUUGAAUGCAAGGGCUCCCAGCUUAUAGCUGCAUUGGAAGCCAGUUAGAUGAAACAGAGAAGCCAGACUCCCCCUUUCACCACUAAGGGUCUCAGAAUGGAGGAGAACAUCUCUUCUACCCCACUCAGAAACAAGCUGAGAGCUUGACUUGCCUAACCUCCCUCAGCUUGUCUGGCAGACGCUGCACCACAACCCAGAGUUUAUUCCCCCUCUGAAGGCCACAUGGCCUCCUGAAAACCGCACUCCCACCAUAGUUCUUCCAAACAGCCUUUGGAUUAGCACAGUCCUUUGCCACACUAAGUGCUAAACAACUGCGGAGAGGUGGGACUCCACCCACGAGUCCCCACCAUGAGGCCGUGGUGUCAGUUUUGGGCCUCUCAGCUUGGAAGACUCCAGGGUUAGAGCUCACACCUGGGAAGAAAUUCAUUUCUCCAUAAGCAAAGACCGUCCUGCAUGUUGGUCAGUAGGAGGAGGCGUAAGAGGCUGGGUUAUGAGUGGACCCUUCUGUACCACAUUAGCCUCUUUCUGUCCAUGUCUCUCAGCAUGACAAGGAAGCUUCCCCAGAUCCUGUGUGGGUUUUAAAGCCCUUACCACUUCAAACUCACCGUCUUGUCACCACAUUGCAUCGUCUUCAGCAUUCUGGGCACCACCUAAUAAUGGCCUGAUGCUUUCUUUUGCUUGUUCAUGACUGAGGUCAAAGUUUUUUUCAUACUAAAAAGUAGAGGACCCAGACACUUUUCUGCUCAAAGACCUCUCUGAGCACAUUGUAGUUCUCCUCAUAGCACCAUGGCAGGUUCAGCUUCUCAGUGUCCUGAAAGCAGAACUCAGCCAGCCAACUGCGCUGGCUGCUCCAUAGGCCUGAGCUCUGAGGACCGUGAUUCAGCACUGUGAGUUCCUGGAGGUAUCUGGUUUACCACCACCACACUUGACUUUUAGACAAAAAAAAAAAAAGGCUGUGAGCCCAAAUCACAAGUUGGUUCAACUUUUCAUUUGGAGAUGCUUUACUCUGAUCAUGUGCUGUUGGGUUUUAUUUCCGGAAAGUAUAGGUCUGCUUUUUUUUCUGCAUGAAGGAAACACUGUGGUGCCACAUGCUUUAAGCAGUUUAAACAAGAGAAGGGGGAAUGCAGACACCACACCUGACUUGCCUAAUGUAGACUUUAUUAGAUUGAAGUACCUAACCUAAUAUGAUGUAUUAUUUUAUAGCAUCUCAAACUUUGUAAAUAAAUACUGUUAUUUUUAUAUGGAAAUUUUAUAGAAGAGCUAUUUCUGUAUACUUAAUUAUUCCUGGAUUUCCUGAAAUUGCUUCCAAUAGAUAACAGACAGGUCCUAGGCAGUGUUAUUCUAAGGAUGGUUCAAGGACCACCUGCAGCAGAAUUAAUGGGGAGAGUUUUAAAAUUUUGCAUCCCUAGGACCCAUCCCAGACACUCCGGAGCUCUGGGAGUGGACCUGGGAAACUGUAUUUUUCAUAAACUCUGAGUGAUGGUUUUUGUCCAUUAAAGUGUAUCUUUAUCCAUCCUGUAAGAUUUAUAAAGGGAAAGAAAGAAAAAACAAACAUCUGAGAUGAGUGUAAGUUGUGCUUGAGGGGAAAAAAGAUGGAUCAGACUAUUCUAUGAUUUGAAUGAGAUGUACUUUAGAAAAAAUAAAUAAUUUAAAUAA